AUGGAAGGCUUAUCUACUAUAUGUGCUGGUAUCGGACUCAUUGAAGAGGACGAAGACGGAAAUCGAAUCGGUUAUACAAGAGACGAGUAUUGCUUAGAUAAUUUGAAGGAUUUGCUGAGGUUCUUGAGGCGAGAUGAUCCACAAUCACGAGAAGUGUUCAAGCAAGUUUGUAAAUGGAAUAUUGCGGGCAAAGAUUUGAUACCUAUUAUCGAAUAUUGCCAAGAUGAUCUGAAGGUUCUGGUGUUUCUUACUAUGCCUAUUGAGCCUGCUUCCAACGAUAUACCACAGCAGUUAGAUUAUCUCUGGGGGUUGAAGUCUUCAAUUACUCUUAGUGACACUGUUGCAGUGAUAGUCACUCUUAUGGAGAGUCCGUUAGAAAAUUUGGAACGAGAAUUAUUUACAGAAGAGGACUGGAAAUUGGUCCAGUUGGUGCUGACUUUAUUUCGUAACAUUCUAGCUGUCCACGACAUCUCAACACAGCAGAAAGCUGGGGGAUCUGCCACACAAUUUUUGUCCCUCAGAGAUAGGUUUUUAGAGGUGUUGUUCCAGGAAAAUGUGAUGGACUUGAUCUUAGUUCUAUCUCAGCAUGUCGAUGAUUCUUGUGGUUAUCUUCGUCACGAUAACUUGCUUUUAUUGGAAACUUUCCACUACAUAUUUAUGGGUCAGGACCCAGAGUUGAUUGCCAAAGCAAAUCUAUGUGGCUCAAAGGUGGAUGGAGAUGCCAAAGCUUCUCUUAAUAGUCUCAAGUCUAUUAUGGAAGAGGAAGAAGAAAAAAGAAAGCUCACCAGACUUCGCAAUAGGAGCUCUUAUUUGCAGUUUAGUGGAACAUUUACCCGGCUUACUAUGGAUGGUUCUAAAACUUUAUUCAAGGGAAACCCAUGUUCCGCUUCUUGUGAUACACUGCUCAAAGCUCAUAAAAAUCCUCGAGGUCCAUCAAAAAGAACGGUGUGGGACCAUGGAAGACUAUCAUCGACAAGGGAUGAUAUUCUGGAGUUGCUUUGUGAUUUUGUUAACCAAUUUUUAUCAGGAGGUUACAAUGUUCUGAUGCAGUCAGUUUGUGAGGAUAUUGAAAAAGAACAUCAUGCUGUUCAGAAAAGCGAUGUCGUCAUUUUCUUUCAUGUUGCUCAAUUUGUCACCUCUUUUCAAUAUCACAAGUUCUUGAUUCUAAAGCCUAAUAUUGAAGCCGAAACAUCUGAAGCUUUCAUGAAUCAUGAUGCCGAAAGCACACAGUUCCAAGGCAGCAUGUGUGGACCAAUUGCUGCAUCGAUGAAUGAGUCAAUGUUUCUACUAGUCAUUUUAAAGUGGCGUAAUGCAUUUGAUGGCUUGAAGGAGACAAAUGACUAUAAAUUUAUAUCUUCAGCAGGAUCUCUCAUGAAAAUUAUGAUUUGCAUGUUAGAUUUGGUCCUUAAGCGAUCACCAGAAGAUUCCAAAGAAGCUCAAACAGUUCGCGUACUUCUUUAUAAAUUAUUCUAUGACCAAACUGACCAAGGGAUGACUCAGUUCCUCUUGAACCUCUUCAAGUCGUUUGAUACUCACAAACAAGCCAAAAGUGAUCUUGCCGAUCUGGUAGAAAUGAUAUAUGUAGUUGUGCGUCUCAUGGAGAACCUUCAAGCACGUGGAACAUUAAGGGUAUCUAGAAAGUCGAGAAAGAAAAGAACAAAGAAAGCAUUGAAUGACAAGAAGGAUAAUGUUGAUGCAACAGUUGGAGAUCAUGGUUCCAUUCAGAAGGACAUUGGCAUUUCUCCUUAUCCUGUAGAUUUGAGCAUGUUAGAAAAGGGAAUGUUAAGGAAUCCUGAUUCUGAUGGGAAAGGAGAAGAUGACGUCAUAAUUCGUGGUGAGGCUAAUGAGCAUGAAGCAUCUGAGCUGGAGAUGGCAAAUCUGGGAAGCAAUAUGCCAGAGGUGGCAAACCAAAGGUCCGGCGCUAUCAAUGAUGAACUUCAUUCUGGAACAGAUGAUUCAUCUGGUGACGAAAGGCUAGCUGUUACAGAUGAAGUUGAUUUUAAGGUAUCUACUUUGGUUUCUUCUCUUGCAAACAACGUCAUCAUUAGGAACUUGUGUUGGUUGCUGAAGUUUUAUAAAAGCAAUUCCACCAGUACGAAUCGGUACAUUAUAUCAGUCCUCCAGAGGAUCUGUGAUGAUCUGGAACUUUCUCCAAUGUUAUACCAGUUGUCACUUCUUGCUACAUUCUAUGAUAUCCUGGUUGAGGAGAAGUCAAGUCCGUGCAAGGAAUAUGAGGACAUUGUUUGCUUUUUGACAAGUUUGGUCAGGAGAAUGCUGAGGAAAAUGAAGAGUCAUCCCCUUCUUUUUGUUGAAAGUCUCUUCUGGAAGACUCGUAAAGAAUGCCAUCACAUUAAUUGUGAAUCGUUACUGAAUGAGAUUGGAAAUUUGAAGAAAGAAUGCAAAAAAUGGGGAAGUGCUUCCAGAGAUGGAGAAAUUUGUCCAUCUGAAGGCAAAGGCUGGUUUCGAAGAAGCAUAGCUGAUGCACUAGGUGACGAUGAAGCUGACUUUUCGGUAUUACAAGGGAUAGAAGGCCAAAAGGAGGAGGACCCUCAUGAAGCUACAAUUAUGAGAAGAAGCAAUGGAAGUUCUGAAAGAGGGAAGGAAAGCAGUACAUCAGUUUCGAACGGUGGGAUUGAUGGGAAUGGAAAUCUGGAAAAUGUGGGGCUUUUUGUCAAAGAUGAGUCUGAAAGGGUACAAAAAAGAAGGAAACCCCUUGUUCUUGAUAAUGAUCUGGAGGUGAAAAUUAUGGAACUCUAUGAAAAGUAUAAAGAUAAUCAACUCUGUAGUCAACUCAUUGCCGAAGCCCUUGAUUUGGACCGAAAAGUUUCACCAGUUCAGAUUUCCAAAAAGCUUAAACAGCUGGGAUUCAAAAUCCCACCAAAGAAAAGGAAGCUUCAUGCUGGUGGCGCUGAUCAACUGGGGGAAGAAGAAAGGAAAAUGGGUAGUGGGAUCACUCAUCCUGACUUGAAUGAUUUGGAGGAAAGUUCUUCGCGGAGACAACCAUUGCACACUCGAAAAAGAAUACGUGCAUUUAGUGAAGAUCAGGAGAUGAUGAUUAAAGCUUUAUUUGAGCAGUUUAAAGAUCAUAAGAGAUGCGGCUACAUGAUUGCUACUGCACUGGAUGCUGAUGGCACAUUCUCUGCAAAACAGGUUUCACGUAAACUUAAGCAACUUGGUCUACAUCUUUCUCAACAGAGGAGGUCAGAUGCCAACUUGCAUUUGAAGGAUGAAGAACUUAAUGACCUCACGUCAGAAGGUGCAUACAACUCUGACAAUGAACCAUUAUUGUCUCUAAGGAAAAGGACCAAAAACAAGCAAGAUGAAAGUGAUGGUGAGGAAAGGCUAAACAAGAAGAUUAGUGGAAGUUUGCCACAAGAUGAUUUUGAUGAUGAAUUGCUAAGCUCUGUUGUGGAGUAA